CGCGCAGCAGUGUUUGAUCAAACUUUGUGUCCUGCAGUUUCAUCUUCUGCUGGUUCAGUGACACGUCAGACUGAAACUUUUAAACGAGAAUGAAAUAAACCCCGCGGCGCGCUGUGUGAAGGGCUGACCCAUGUGAGCGACGACUUCACACACACGAACGCCAUGGCAGCUCGCUCCAGCACCUGUGGUUCCAGGGUGGACCGGGCAUCCCAUCGUAGAGGAGAGGAGAGCCAGCGGACGUCCCGUGACACUGACUGCAGCGCUGUGCUUGAAAAGACACAAGACUUCUUCCAGAUCUGUGACGUCGAGGGGAAGGGCUUCAUUACACGGCGGGACAUGCAGAGGUUACAUGGAGAAUUCCCCUUGAGCGCUGAUGAGCUUGAGAAUGUCUUUGACACUCUGGACAUGGACCACAAUGGAUACCUGACCUUUGAAGAGUUCUCCUCCGGAUUCAGUGAGUUCAUGUUUGGUCCAGGUGUGCCAUCAGCAGAGCCACACCCAGGGGCGGAGUCAGUCUCAGGGAAGACUCCAGAGGUGAUGUACGAGAGCCAGUGGGAGGAGAGAUUGAGCAGCGGAGAGAAUGACGAGGAGAAACACUUCAGCAUGCUGAUGGAGAAUCUGGGGGCGAGCAACAUCUUUGAAGAUCCAGGAGAGGUGCGCAGUCUUUGGGCUCAGCUCCGCAGGGAUGAACCUCACCUCCUGGCCAACUUUGAGGAGUUUCUUACCAGAGUCACGUAUCAGAUCAAAGAGGCCAACCAGGAGAAGAGCGAGAUGGAGACGGCUCUCAAAAGGAAAGCAGCGACGCAUGAUGAUGAAAUCCAGCGGUUGUAUGAAGAAAUGGAACAACAGAUCAAGAACGAGAAGGACCGGAUUCUCCUCGAGGAUUCUGAGCGGUUCUUGACUCGCAGUCAGGACAUGGAGCAUCAGCUGUCCAGUAAAGAGAAAGAACUGGAGAUCCUGUCUAACAAACAGAAACGGCUGGAGCGUCAGUGUCGAGAGCUGCACAGCGAGCAGAGAGAGACGGCCGUGGAGAACGUCAAACUGAAACAGUAUAAUGAAGAUUUGGGUCAUGAGCUGGAACAAACCUCACAGGAACUGAAUCUGGCGCAGGAGCAACUGAUGCUGCUGCAGGAACAAUCCUCACGUUUACACGAACAGAGAGAGAGGGAGAUCUACAGAGUCACAGAGAGUCUUCAGAGGGAGCGAGCGAGUCUUCUCAAACAGCUUGAUUUGUUGAGGGAGAUGAACAAACAUCUGCGAGAUGAAAGGGACAUGUGCUAUCAAAAACCAAAGAGCUCUGCUGCCAAACUCUCAUGGACACAGAGGUCUGGAUCAAUUACGAUGAAGUACACGGAGCGGAAGCCGUCGUUUAGGAGUGAUGAUGAGGAGGAAGUUCUGCCACAUUCUAAGAGGAAGAACAUGAUGGGUGUCAACGGGCACAGUGUGGACCUGGAGGAAAUGGUGGAUGGGCGAAUUUCCUCCAAACAUCAUCUCCAGAGGAUCAUCUCCAUCGAGGAGGACCAUCUGCCUCACCUCCUGCAGCAGGGCUUCCAGAAGCAGCUCACACAGUGGAGUGAAAAUGAGGAGUUGGAGGAUGCCAACAUUGACCUCCAUAUGAGCAAUAUUUACCCCGCAACCAGCACGCCAACCUCAGUGUCGCCCCCUCCAGGAAGCAGAGACGCACACACACCCACCUCACCCAGGGGGCAGCCUGUGGGCAAAGAGACCGUCCAGUCGGAGGAAGGGGCGAGUUCUGGUCCAGAUCGUCUGUUUAAGAUCAUUCUGGUGGGGAAUUCCAGUGUGGGAAAGACGUCUCUUCUACGCCGCUUCUGUGACGACUGUUUCCAUCCUGGCACUUGUGCGACUGUAGGUAUUGACUACAGUGUGAAGACAUUAACGGUGGACAACAGUCAGGUGGCCCUUCAGAUGUGGGACACGGCAGGACAGGAGAGGUAUCGCAGCAUCACAAAGCAGUUUUUCCGCAAGGCCGACGGCGUGGUCGUCGUGUAUGACAUCACGAAUGAGCAGACGUUCACAGCAGUGAGGCAGUGGCUGGCGAGUGUACAGGAUGGAGCAGGUGAGAACAUUCCCAUCAUGCUCCUGGGGAAUAAGACCGAUCUAAACACCCAGAGAGAGAUUCCACUCGGAACGGGAGAGAAAUUAUCCAAGGACUUUCAGUUGAUUUUCUAUGAGUGCAGUGCGUUUUCAAGCCACAAUGUGAUGGAGUCUAUGGUUCACAUGGCGAGAGUUCUAAAAGAACAAGAGGACCGAGAAAAAGAGAAAACGGUGUCGCUUUUUGACAGUCCCACAAAGAAGAAGAAGAGCUGCUGCUAGCAGAACGGUUGUGACACAUCUCUUCUUUUCUCUUUUAUCAGUUCGUUUGGUGUUGAUCUGUAUUUCUGCAACUCUUUCUCUUGCGUCUGUGUUUUCUGUGAUAUUAGCAGUCCUGUACGGCCACUGUGGAGUUUAGACAUGUGUUUUAUAUACUGCACCUGUGUCCAGUGUGAGCGAUGUUAGAGGCUUUGCAUUGAGGUUUAUGUAGUCUGUAAUAUUAGCAUUGCUCAAAUGUUUAAAUUAAAGCCAUUACACUAUUAGAGAUAGCAACGCUGUAUUUCCACAGACAUAAUCUACAUCAUUUAUCAUUUUUAAUAUGAUGGUUUUGGAAAGUAUAUUUUAAAAAGGGUUUAUUUGUAAGCAAAAUAAGCUCUUCCGUUCGCUAGUUUGAUUACGCACAAAUGUGUUAUUUAUUACUCGUGUCAUGUAAAGUCAUAAAACUUGUCUCUAUAUUUCCCUCCGUCAACAUUCAUAUUUUAAGUACACUGCCAUGAAGCGAACAGUUGGGUUUGGGAUUAAAGAUUUGUUUUUAACAGGAGAUCAAUGUUGUUCGCUUUAUGGUCCUAAAUGAUCAAAUGAUAUAAUGUAGAUGUCACUGCCUUUUUCCAUUGUACUUUUAUGUAUUGUCAUGAUUAAUGUGUUUAUAUUAUAUGUAUCCACACACUGUCAAUGUGCAGUUCAGCACAAACUGAUAAUUCGGUGCAAAAUAUCCUGAAGUAGUUUGUGCUGUUUGUGACUGCGAGACAUUAAAUGAGAACAUCGAGGUGUGUUCAAUCAGGAGUCUCUCAGUGAAUCACAAGACUGUACGAGUAUCUUGUGUCAUCGUGCUGAUGUCACAGCUACUGUACGGCCGGUGGGCAGAAUAACACUAGAGUUGAACACCAUGUGGAUGAUUUUAGAGAGAUCCACACUCCUGUAGUGCUAAUAUUAUUAUGUAUGUAUAAAAUGUGUAAAUACUGCAUAGAAAUGUUUUUGAGUGACUUGUUGAAAUAAAGAGUACUAUGUU